AUGAAGGCCAUCUACAUUCUAUCUGCUCUCGCGGGUACUGCGCUCUCUACACCUCCACCGCUACCAUCGCACCCAUUCGUUACUGUCUCUUUCUCCGAUGACCUCAGCGGUACCCCUGCCCCCCUUAGCGUGAACGUGCCAGCUAAUAAAGCCUUGUACGAUAUCACGGAAGGAGGCCCCGGCAAAUGUGUCUCUUCUGUUCAGCUGGUGGACCAGAGCCAUGCAUCGCUCAACUUCGAAUGCAGAGUCAAGGUGUCAGGGCCCUUCAAGUACGAGGGCACGCUUACAUCGUCGCACACAUUUCUUUCGUUCGGGAAAGAAGUUCUUCUCAAUAGUGUUUCGGUCACAUGCGACAAUAACUGA